AUGACACUCAUUUUAAAUCCUAACAAUUCACCUAUCAAAAAUAAAAAUGGUGUCAUUUCAACGAGUUCUAUGGAAACGAAAAGUUUGAUUGAUGAAUCCACACCAACUCCAAACAAAAUGGCUCUCUUCACUGGAGGAUUUAAUGAAAAUAAUAAGAAAACCAUAUGCUCCGAAUCAUCCAUAACUUAUGUCAAAAUGUUUGAUAAUUUCUUUCAACCAAAAAUUUCCUAUGAAUCACGAAAAAUGUUGAUUCCUGAAUUUGAACAGGAUGCAUUACUUUCGGAAUAUAUGCGAGGUUGUGAUUAUAUCAAAAAAGAAUAUAGCUUACCUGAAGCAAGAAAUUUUAUGAUGACUAAAAAACUAAAUUACCUUUUGGAUAAUAUGAAUAUCAACAUAGAAUUGUUGUCAAAAAAUUUUAAUAAAGAUUCUCAAUAUUUAGAAAAAUAUAGAGCUGUUAUUGAGGAAGCAGGGAUCGAUUACGAUUACGCAGUGGAGUUUUUAUUAACGAGGAAUGACGAAGCAGAUGAGGCUGUUGAAAAUAAUGAUAUGGUUAUGUUUGAACGAAUAGAAAUCCUAGAGACCGAUGCUUCUAAUUUUGGCUGCUCAAAGAUCAGAACUGAAGAUGAUUUUGGUGCUUCUUGUGGCCUGCUAUUAUUCCAUUUAAAUUUUUGGAAAAGGUUUAAACGUGGAUUGAAAAAAUUUAAAGAAUUUGAAAAGAAGAAGGGAACAAACUAUUUGGUAAACUUGCAUUAA